AUGCACAUCGAGGCGUACACAGGCGUAACAAGAUCAUCUGUAAUCAUGCGCAAGCCCUCGUUACAGCAGGGAACUCGCAAACCCUCGCGAUCCCCGGCGGGUUCCCGCGGUAUCCCUUCGGUGGUGCGCCAGGCACCCCUUUCAAGCGACCUCGACACACCGCCGCCACCGUCACGGCGUCUGCGCAGCCGCAGCAACCCGUGUGAAACAACACCCUCGCCGCCGUCGCUCCCGCCUACAAGCGAGAUCUGUAUUAGCGUGGUUGCUGCGCAGCCUUGUUCGCGCAGUAAGCCACUCUUGCAGCGGCGCACCGCGUUGUCCGUGUGCAAGACGAGCGCUGCAGCCCUAGGCGCUCCGCAAACAAGCCGUCUGCUGAGCAGCAGCGAGGUGCGCCGGCGCAGGGAACACGUGUCGAAAGGGCAGUCCGGAAGCCACUCUGCAGACGUCACGAUGCUGCGACGUCCAAAGGUGCGCAGCUCCAGUUGCGUAGUGAGCUCCGCGCGGCCAGCUGCGAUUACCACCGUUGAGCCUAUCGCAUCGCAGCCCUCAUUGUGGAUUUCGUUAGACAGCUCCACGAGCGAGUGCGCAGGCGUGACGACCCACCACGGGCCUCGGCGCCAACUUGAAGCCUUUGAUUGCUCAGCUCCGUCGACGCUGGUGCUCUCCCCCGUUUCAGAAGCGGUGCCUGCGUCGUUCUCCCCGCAUACACCGCUGUUUGCACGAGAGGAAGUGGCACCGCCGAUGCCGAGGGCCGCCGCUGCAGAUGGCCCGCCAAUGAGCGGCCAGGCCCCCGGCACCGCCUUGUUCACUCUCCCACAGACGCUGUGCAUGACGCACUCGUCCACCCUGUCACCUUUGCCCAAAGCUGCGCCGACCGCUGUGGAGUCAGCCCCUGUAGUCCACUUGGCAUCGCUUCUCGAGUCGCGCUGCACGACCUCCUCCGGUCAGCAAAAUGAGGAGCGCACAGUCAGGCACCCAUCCGCAUCGCACCUUUCGACUCGCUCUAGUGCGAUUCACGACUCGACAACCUCCGUCGCCUCUUUGUGGAGCCCUCCCAUGCCGCCGAUCGCCAUAAACAGGCAAUCGACCCCAACCGUGCCGAGUAUCACCGGGUGCCCCGGCUAUCCCACGAUCAUGGACACCGCUGUCCCUCCGCCAGCGGGCAGCUGCGUGACCUGGUUGCCUGCCAGCAACGCCCUGGACUUAUCGGAAUGCGCUCCCACGUUGUAUCCCGAGUCAUCUCCAAGCGCGCUGCAACCCCUCGACACGCCAUCACUCAUGGAAGGUGACGGCUCUCCUCACCGCCAGAGUUGCAUGGCACCAGCGUCGCAGGGAACGGAGAGCAACGAUGCCGCACCUGCACAAGUCAAGUCGCGUCCGCUCGGCACACCGCCGCUGUCCCGCAACCCCGUCGCUGAAGAUCCAUGUAGCACACCGUUCACGGCCUCGGCACACGUCGUCUCACAUGUGGUGCACAUCACCCACACUCCAGAGCAGCACCGACUGCGUCUUGACUUUCCAUCGUCGGGGCAUGCUGUGAAGGCCACGAUUCCAUCGCAGCGCGUCUCAGCGAGUUCCGCCGGGACUCAGGGUGCGUCCAUACGCCCGACGCUCAUGAGAGAGGGCGCAUCUUGUGGUGGCGGCAUAAGGGUGACCUUGUCAGGCAGCGAUGCCUGCACACCAUCCUGUCACUCCACUCAUCAUGCCCGAAAGCUGUGCGCUAGUCCCAGUCGAACGCCCCACCAUGUGAGCAACUCCUCGGACCGCCACAGACCGUUGACGCCUACCACGUCUGUUGCCGGGGCAGGAAACUCCGUUGCCUCAGCUCUCACUAAAUCGUCCGCUGGGACCCUGUCCGCUGAACUGACCAGGCGUGCAAUAAAGGAGCGUCGCCGACGGGAGCUUUACGCAUGGAAUGAGCAGCUUCGUCUGCAGAACGAGUCCAGCGUACAGGACGCUGUCUGA